GGAAACGCAGCCCGCCCCGUGACUCCCGUCCGUACGACGUCGCACAUGAAGUCUGUAGACAUCGGGUGAGGAAGGUGCGCCAGAAUCAGAUCAGGUACGACAUAAUUGCACCGCCUGCGCCUUCCGGCUGCAACUGUCUGCCCGGCCUCUCGGCUUCCAUGUGGCAGGCACGGCCAGACAUUUAGUAGCAGCUCGCGGUUCCCCGACCAUGACCUUCAACUUCGAAGCGACCAUUCUUCCCUGCCUCGCUUUUGCCCACUUUGUCCGAUCAAGGCCGCCAACAUGAGAGACUUCACCGAACUUCCGUGGGACAUCUUCGUGAUCGUCAUUUCGUACCUCUCGCCGCAGACGUGCGUGCGCUGCCGCGCCGUCUCUCGGCAAUGGUACAGUGUCUUUACUAGCGAGCGCGUCUCGCUGCGGCUCUUGCGCUGGAACUUCCCCCUGUGUCGUGAGCUGCGCCUGGCUGCUGCCGCAGGACCGUCGUCGCUGUCGCCACUACCGUCAACCGCUCUUCGAAACCACAGAGCCGAACUCAUUGACGUUGCCGAGCGGCCUUUCAACUGGGCCGCUGUGUUCGCCGAGGUGUCUCGCCGAUACUACCACCUGAGCCGCGGACGGCCUCGGGUCGUCGAGAAAAUCGAUCUGGCCGUCAGCAGCCAGGAAAGCGGGUCUCCUUUCUCAUUCUACGGCGUUGCCACGUGGAAUCGCUUCCUGCGCUUGAACGACAAGACAUCCAGCUUCCAUUACCCUGAUCCCGUCUGGUGGUACAGCCAAGAAGACGGCUUGCUGGUGUACCCGGCCGCGCUUGGUACCAACCGUGGAGCGCCGUCGGACCGGUGCGACGGGCAUGUCUACCUCAUUCUCGACCCCGCUACCGGCCAGCGGUUCCCGGUACCCUUCGACGUCCGAUCGAAGCACAUUCGUCGAGUCCGCCUUGCCCAGGGCGUGCUCAUCUUUGAGUGGGCGGAAGCACUCCCUUACCACCAACUCAACGCUCGCGAAUUUGUGCAUCGCCACUUUGUGACGGCCUUCGACGUCGUCCGCCACCCGACUGCCACGACCACCGGACCGACAUGGACCGUCGAAUUUCGCUCCGAGUGGAAGCUACACUUCCUCGGCCUGCCUCUGAACCGAUCCGAUCGCUUCUUCUCAGCGCAUACAGCAACCCAUUACGCGGUAUAUUUCUGGCAGCCUAACCGUUCGCUCUACCAAGAUGAUCCCAUUGAACAGCUGGCUGUAUGGGACAUCUCAUCGCCCAGCCCAUACCGCCCAUCCGAAGAUCCAAGAGGCGGCAAGCGGCCAGCCGUUUCCCGGGCGCCAUCCUUGCCGCCCGGCUUAUGGAACGGGCAGGGCAGCGCGGCGGUAAAUCAGGCGCACGACGUGGCCCACUCCACUGCGGAUCGAGGCCGGCCGAGGAGAAUAUCGCUUGCGACUGCUACCGCUGGGCCACAAGUUAUCCGACGCAUGGACUGGCGUGAACUAGAUUUCUACGGGCUGCGCCAACGCUCAACACCGCAACUCAGGGGGUUAGCUCUGGAUGACCGGAAUCUGUAUGUCAUCGAGGAAGAGCACCGCUGGGCUGAUGGCCAGCACAGUUCUCUCAGCCCGCCACGCGUUCAUCUCGUCCGCAGCACAGGGAUUCCAAUCAUCCCAACCCCGAGCUCCCCAACUCAAGCGGCCUAUCCCGCUGCUUCUCGGUCCACUGGCGAUCUGACUACCGGAAUAGGCCAGCUUGUCGAUCUCAAAGCGCCGGUUUUGUCCACCAUCAUCGACGGCCCAGUUCACGGUCCCAUAUGGGUUGACACAUGUGGUGCGGACGGAGACGUUCACAUGAACUUUUGCCGCCGUGUUUCUGGGCCCCGAAAAACAUAUACAAGCGUCCCUGCGUCGUCUGAGGGAUCCUUGGAUGCCGCCGCUAGCACUGAGCAUUCUGGUAAUGACCGGCUGCCGCAAGCAUCUUCGGCGGCUGCUACGGGCUGGCCAUGGGAAUUCGGCGACAACAACUCCGCAAGCCCCUUCUCCCCGACCGGAUCGACUCGUUGGCCCGGCUGGGCGCCCUGCUGGCGCCACGAGGAUUUCCCUUACCUUACCGUUACCGAGAUGGUAGACGUUGCCGCCGGCGUGCGCGUGACAGCCCGCCACUGCUUCAUGCUUGAGACAUUGUCGGUGCAUGUCCGGCCGGCGGUCUCGGUUCUGGGCGCCCCGCCAGUUGCAUCGGACCAGGACAAUGGGGGCGAUACCGGAAAGAAGACGAGAGCCAAGCGGCGACUUAGCAACGAGAAAGAGCUGCCGGUCAGAAGCAAGGAGGUUUUCUUCUCCGAUGAGAUGUGGUCGGAGCUCGUCGCCAGAGGCCAUAUUGCCGGGGACGAGCGGUGGGUCGUCGGCGAGGAUGAGAAGGGGAGGGUCACCCUCCUGCGGUUCUGAAUUGAGGGAUGGUGAGUGACGUUAUCAGCUGACACCCAGAGCAGCUGUAAACUGUUACCAAGGACCUCCUCCUCAAAUGCCCGAACCAGAAGAAUUUUGUGAGCCGUUCACGUUCUAGUCCUGGUACCUAUAACACAAGCCGGGCAAAGACUGUGUCUCCCUUUGGCAAAGGCUUCUCGCUGUUCGGCGCGAGUAGAGCCCCAAGAUUUGUACCCAGUGCAGAGACAGCCUUGUCUGGCCACCUGCGCAGUUGCCGAGCUGCAGAGG